CCAAUUUAUAAAUGUCAAUAUCCAACAAUGAGUUCCCACAGGAUGCUGAUGAAAGCGAUUCUGAGAUCAACCUAGAUGAUAAUCCUGAUUACUACCAACCAAUUUCUUCUGAUGAUGAAGACGAAAACGAUUCUGAUCCAAACCUAGGUAUUCAAAUUCUCUCUAAUGGUCACUCUGAACCUGAAAUCAGUGAAGAAGAAGAAGAAGAAGAAGAAGAAGAAGAAGAAGAAGAAGAAGAAGAAGAAGAAGAAGAAGAAGAAGAAGAAGAAGAAGAAGAAGAAGAGGAGAUUGAAGGAGCUACAAAUUCAGAAAUUUCAAGAGCUUUUAAAGAAGAUGAGAAUCGUCGUAAAGCUCCAUUAACUCCUGAGAGUUCGAACCGAAUCAUGGAUGCUAUGCGGGGGAUUUCAUUACAAGGGUUUGUUCCGGAUUGGAGCAAUAAAGUUCCUGAAUCUAAUUGGAUCGAUCAUCUUAGGAAUUUAAGAUUACAACAACAACAACCCCUUUCUUCUUCUGCUAAUACUGGAGCUAAAGAGAGCUGAGCAAAUGUGGUUUUGUGAAGAGGAGUUGGAUGAAUGCAGAAAAGGUGAACACGGUGCUGUCCGAGAAGCAUCUGAAAUCUCAUCACUUUCAGCAAUGGCAACAAAGGAAACUAUGCACUUAGUACAGUGAAGACAGAACAUGAACCCAGUAAGUUUAGACUGAAUACUGACAAAAUGUAUUUAAACAAUGUCCCAUGAAGGCUGUUUCUAUGAAUGCAAAGCUUUACACUAUUUUUAGAUCUUGCACCAGGCAUUUCCUUUGUAUUUUGUCAGAAUUCAGAACUAUUUUCUUUUCCUUUUUAUUAUUUAACUGAGAACAUUGAGACGCAUUUCAGUUUUUCACAGUGCAGUCAUCAGAUUGUGACAU